UCAAAGCAUAAUCUGACAAUAUAGUGCCUGCCCUAUAUAUUUAAUAUAUUACAUAUUAUAUAUUCAUAUAUAACAAGCAAAUUUCUGGUCAGGUUAUUUUUCAAGGACACAGUUUUAUUUGUUGUCAUGGUCUUUUGGUUGUGAAAUUCUUUCAUUUUGGUGCAAUAGAGGUGACUAUGAAGAGAAGAGAUUACAUUUGUGUUCAAAUAUAACUAAUAGAGUAACAUCUUCAUGAAAUGUCACUUUUGCUUUUCCUUCCUUUUUAUCCAGGAGAAAUCAAUAAUUCUGCCAAGUCUGAGAUGUUUACAUUUCACGAUGGAGGUGUACAAAUUUCAUGCAAAUUCAAUGAGAUUGCCUGGCAAUUUAAAAUGAAGUUGCUAAAAGGGACGGAAGUACUCUGUGAUCUCACUAAAACAAAAGAAAGUGGUAAUACAGUGUCCAUUAAGAAUCUGAGAUUCUGUCAAACUCAGUUAUCCAAUGACAGUGUCUCCUUUUUCCUGUAUAAUUUGGACAAUUCAUAUGCCAGCUAUUACACCUGCGAACUGUCAAUUUUUGAUCCUCCUCCUUUUCAGAAGAAGAGUAUUAGCAGAGAAUAUUUGAAUAUUUAUGGUAAGACACUAUUUUCAUCUUUCAGACUUAGAGUACAUUCUCAUUUUAACAGCUUUUCUCACUAAU